AGCGAUAUUUUCUCUUCUUUGCUAAGCAUCUCAUUUCUUUCCCAAAUCAUUCCCAAACGUCCCCUUCCACACAAAUGGACGCCGAAACUGACAUCACCGCCGCCGCCCCGGCCGGAAAGGUACCUCAAUCGCCGGAGCCUCAUCUGUCGGACGAUCAAUGGGGCCGUCGGGGAUGGGAGCUUCUUCAGAAGCUUCGAUCACGAGCCCCAUUAAUCCAGUGCAUAACAAACUUCGUCUCAAUGGAUCUGAUGGCCAAUGUCCUUCUCGCCAUCGGUGCAUCUCCGGCGAUGCUUAGUACGUUGACUGAGAUCUCCGAUUUUACUCCUGGCGUCGACGCUCUCUGCAUCAACAUUGGAACCCUCUCCGAAGACUGGCUUGUUUCGAUGACCGCUGCCGCCGCAGUGGAGGCCGGCCGGCCAUGGGUUCUCGACCCUGUCGCCGUAUCUGCGUCUGAUUUUCGGAUGGAAGCGUGCAUCAGCCUCCUUGAGCUUCGGCCGGCGGUGAUUAGAGGUAAUGCAUCGGAAAUUCUAGGGCUGGCUUCGGGGAGUAGGAUACGAAAUAGCAAGGGAGUCGACAGCUUGCAUCAAUCCUCUGAUGCUUUGGAAGCUGCAAAAUCUCUAGCUAAAUCCUGUGGCGCCAUUGUUGCAGUAUCAGGAGCUGUCGAUUACAUAACAGACGGCCGUAUGGUUGUGGGCGCCCAGAAUGGUGUCGCUAUGCUGCAGAAGAUCACCGCAACCGGCUGCGCCGUCACCGCCCUUAUCGCCGCCUUCAUCGCAAUUGAACAAUCGAAUAUUUUAGAGGCAACUGCCUGUGCACUCUCCAUCUUUGGGGUUGCAGCUGAGUUAGGCAUGGAAAGGGCUACAGGACCAGCAUCUCUUAGAACGCAUUUGAUAGAUUCUUUGCAUGGGCUUGAUGAGCAUUUAUUGAUCUCUAGAAUGAGUAUAUCUAGGUUUUCUUAACGGCUACAAAGUACUUGACCUGAAUCUAAAGUUGAGUUCCCCUUUUUAAUCUCAUGUGAACAGAGAGGUGUUACUGUCGUUAUUAUCCGGAAGUGAAAAUGUCAUCCAAUUGUGUACUUGAACAAUAAAUUUAUUAUGUCUUCUAA